AUGGCUGCGAUGGAAGCCGGCAGCCCGCCCGAGAUGUUCUUCGCCUCCCACGAACUCCUGUCUGAGGAAGAGAGGCACCAGCGUCUCUCCAGGACGCUGUCCUAUGCGACGCUGGAGCACACGCUGCUCAAGUUCCGGCGCUUUCCGGCCUCUAGGAUGGCCCAUUACAUGAAGACCCGUUUGGGAACGAUGCGUUCGCUGCUACGGAAUCGAGUUGGUGACGUCGUGGUCGAGGAUGCUUUCGGCGACCCAGCCGUGAGCAACAUCUCCGAAGGAGUCAAGCGAGGGGUGCUCCUUGCUCACAUGUACAUUUGGGGGUUUGUCCCCGUCAAGGUGGACUACUUUCGAUCGAAUCGGACCGGCAUCGGUGCACCACUUGCUGGCGGACGGGACGUAUCACCUCACAGAGAAAGCCUCUAUCUCGCCACGGCCUGGGCGGAUGAGGUGGCCUUCCUGAAGGAGCUUCGUGGCCGUGCGCGCAGCGCCGCUGCGAAGUCCCGACACGCGCGGCAGAUUUUUCCGCACUCCUUCUGCAGAACCGGCUGGUUCAAGGUGCCGAUGCUGUCGGACUGCACCGACUUCCUUUGGAGGACCCUUCGUGCUGGAUGGCUGCAAGGCCCAAUCUCCCCGGACCAGCACUUGCCGGACUUGCUGCCGCGGCGGUCCUGCAAGCUGCUGAGCACCGCCGUGGGCGUCGCGACGAAGCUCCUGGUGUCGAGCAGCUGCCUGGCCGACGACGCGCAGUUCCACGCGGCCUGCGCCCUGAGCGAGAUGGUCUCCAUGCAGGAUCUGGACAUGGCCGCUGCGCACUGGGAGGUGGUGGCGCUACUCCUGCUCCUCUGCGACGGCUGCCGCCUGGAUGGCCGCGGAUUCACCGCGGGGGCCCUCGACCAGGUUCUAUGGACCUUCGGAAGUUUGGUGAUCGAGGCCACCCGCCUCAAGCGAGUGCGCCCCCACGAGGAGCCCCUGGCGUACCUGCAGGCUGCAAGGGCGGCAGCGCAAGCCGUGCCAAUCUCAGCCUGGCGUUCGCGGAGGGAGCCCCAUUCCUUCGGCAGGCCGCCCUGCCAGCGUGUUCUGCGAGGACCGCUCUGUGUCCACGAUGGGCAGCUGCUCACCGCGGAUCCUGCGGCCUCGGAUCCCUUUGAGCGGAACCUCCCGACCUGCCACUACGAGCGGCAGAAGCUGCGAAGCACGGCCCUACGACUGCAGCCGAUGCCCGGCCAGGUUGGGCGGCUGCCAUCGUGCACCGCAGCGCCCCGUGACACGAUCCUGCUGGCGCUGCCUGUGUACCUCCGCAACACAUGGCAUCUGACCACGGCACUGAUUUUCUUCCAAGGCGCCCUCGCCUGGUUCCACGGCCCCAGCGGCAGGAAGGUGCUCGCGUCGCUGUGGCACAGCGCCGGCCUGGGGAGCCCGCCUGGCGGACUCCAGAGGAACGCCACCGAGGUUCUGCUCGUUCCCUCGCCGCGGCCAGGUCGGGUGACGGAGCUGCAGCGCAUGGUCUUUGUCAGCCUCUUUGGCUUGCUCAGCGAUGCGCCCAUUCGCAGCCUCCAGCCCCCCGGGCCUUGCCGCUGCUACCAACGAGCCGGGCUCUGGGGCAUCCUCGAAGCGCCCUUCUCCGGGCCAGGUGACCUGAUCUACCCCGACGUGAGUGCCAUGAGGCGCGCAGUGGCGGGGGAAGUGCACCGUCUGCUUCCUGUGUCGCCUCCCGACCCCUGGCGCCAACGGCGCCCUGUGGGCGCCGUGCCGGCGCUGCUGGUGAGCCGCUGCGGCCGCGGGGGCAAGGCUGACUGCCAGAAGCGGAACGUCACGAAUCUGCCCACUCUCUCCUCGGCGCUGCGCCGGCAAGGCCAUGGCUUGCUUUCAGUGGCCACCCUCAGGAUGGAAGACUAUCCCUUGCUGGUUCAGCUCCAGCUCAUCCUCUUCAGAACCCGUGUGCUGAUCGCCGCCUUUGGUGCCACGCUGGCAUGGACCGCAUUCUUGCAGCGGGGUUCCUUUGUGAUCGAGCUGCAUCCCGGCCCUCCAGAUCGCCUCGUGCAUUGGGGCAGUUGCUGGCGCCAACCCCCGGCGAUGUUCGAGCUUCUUGACCCACCGGUUCCCAUCUGGGACCUGAAUCCCCGCAGCGAGUGGGGAGGCUGGGCUCAAGCCGCCCACGUGCACCACGCCUGUGUGGCAAAGCCACAAGCCCACGGUUCGCGCUGUCUUCGCUUACACGUGGUGGACGACUGGGAGGUUCCCGAGUUCGAGACGGACGUGGAGACAGUGGUGGCCCUCUCUCUGGAUGCGGCCAGGAGACUGUCCAGUCAUGCAGCCGCCAAGCAACGAUGA